GUCAGGCUGGCUGACUGGCUAUUCGGACAUAACACGUAAAAGUACGUAAAGUCGUCGGUCGGUGGUCUGAAAGAGACUAUACUUCGCAUUGCAUUGCAUUACUCUGUACUGUCGUUUGUACUUGGCUCUCUCUCUCGGUACCUUCUCCACCUCAAUUAUUAAUUUCAAUUUUUUUUGAUUGAUAGGAGGAUGAUGAUGAUGUAGAUGACGACGAUUAUCACGAUGAUAGUAUAGUACCUCUAUAGUUAAAAAAGGCACAACAAUAAUAAAGAAGCUUCUCCACUUCUUUUUUUUUUUAAGUUUGACGACAUUUUUCUGUUCUGUUCUCCAUUUCUUUGAGUGUGUGUCGUCGUGUCGUCUUUUGAUGAUAAAAAUUUUUGUACUCUAGUAGCUGCAAAAAGCAACGAAGCGAAGACGCUCGUUGAUGGCUUACGGAGAGGAGGGGCGCCAUAAAUGAGGUUGAAAAAUCCGCAAACAUCAAGCAACAACUAUAUGAAGAAGACAUUUAUUGUUGUUAACAAUAACGGUGUUCUCCUUGUCGAUUGAUAACACACGAAUUAUUGCCUCGACGCGACGACGACGAACGAACGAAGAAGGAAGUGGGCUCCUCUCUCUUGGUCUAUAUUUGUGUCUCUAGUUUUAUAAUUAUUUUUGAUAGUGUUAAUAAUGUGUUGUUAAUAAUUUUCUGCCUUUCCAAACAACCGUGUUAAACAAAUAACAAUCUUUUUUUGUAUUGUUUUAUGUUUCAAACAAAAAAUCUAAAUAACAACGAACCGGUGCGGCGGCAGCGGUCGGCUACCCCCUACGAAAGUGAUUAGUAUUGACAACCCCACCCCUGCUCUGAACUGAUUAAAACUGAUGUGUUGUUACACGUGAUAGUCUCAGAGGAGUCUCUAUUGUAAUUUGUAAUUACUAUUUAACGAUCUUGUUUAUUUGGUCUAUCCGUUUGGCGAAUGUUUAUCUAACUUUACAUCUCUAUUUCUAAACUUUUGCGGUGUCGUAGUGCUGAAAAAAAGCUGAAAAAACUCUCAGAAUUGAUAAGAAAUUUUCGUUGUCGUUGUCGUGCGUUGGCUGUUUCAACCAAUAUCUACUAAUUUCCCUAAAAAGUUGCAAAAAAAAUUGGAUUAAAUGAAAAGAUACUCGGAAGAUACUCAACGCUCUAAAGCUCCACCUAAUUUAUCAGUAUUACCACGAACCGCUGCAGACAAUGACCUGAUGAUCCGGCUGCGUGAAAGCAUCAAGCAGAAGGAAGAAUUCCUCAAAUCACCACUGCCGCACACGCAGCCGAAUUUUUUCCAUUCCCAGCAACCAAUGACGAUGUCAGCUCGUGGUCAAGUUGCGGCAAAAAUUGCCACUUCUAAACAACAACCAAUAACUAGAGAUCUCCUGCCGGCUAGUUGUGAUAUGCAAAAUUUCUAUGCGAAAAAUCUACCACCGAACUUGGCCGAUAGCAUGAGAACAACAACGACAACCAGCAGCAGCAAUAAUCGUGGUGAUAUUAUGAAGACAACGAUAAUGCGCUACCGAAAUAUGUCCAGCACCGGUAGCAGUGGUAGCAUGAGUGGUGCAAGCAGUAGUAGUAGUACAAUGAAAGACAAAUUCCAUAAGGAAUUGGAAUAUUUGGAAUCCCUACCUGAAAUGGGUGUUACCAAUCAAGUGUUUGAAAGGAAGCUGGUAUCAACAAGAGCGAAAGGAGGAUUUGAUCCAUUUAAACCACUGACGAUCAACACAUCCUUGGAUGGUAGUAAUAGCGUGCUAAAUAAGCCCAUAAUUUACGACACAGUGCAGCAUUGUGUGGUUGAUGGACAGCAGAGCAGUAGAAUGGAAAUCUAUAAGGCAAAUGUGGCAUCUGCUGGAAUGGAUGAAUACCAUGUGCCAAAUAAAUACUCCUCUUCAAAAACUGUUGAAAAUCAUCAUCGUACAGAAUCGAAACAGUCGCUGACUGAUAUUGCAGAAGCUGGGGAUAUGCCAAGCAUACCAGUUUCUUCGGAAGUCGUUCGACGAUAUAAGCCAAUUAAUAUUGACGAUAAUAAACCGAUGCGUAGGAUAUCAUAUUUAAGGGCCACCAACAACGAAAAUGAAUACAAUACAGAUGUAACGACGACAACAACAACAACUACAGCAAGUGAAGUUUCAGAUGCCGAAAGCAAGCGCACAUCGAUAAAUAGUGAAAUACGCGAUAGCAUUCACAUAGAGAAUGUUCCUGAAAUGAAUGGAAAACAUGAAACAAAAGAUGUGGCAACUGAAGUUGAAGUUUUUGAAACCGAAAUGGAAGUCAAAUCGUCGUGCAUUUAUGGAAAGCGAAUGUCUGAAUACCGGUCCUGGAGACAGGUAAAAAUCGAAAUCAAAGGUGAUAUCCUAAAAAUAUACUCUGGCCGCAGUUCUAAAUCGGAAACAAAUGUGAUAGAACUUGAUGUAAAAAUGUUUAAUAUCGUCGAUGAAUCAGCUGAUAAGAAAAAAUAUGUAUUCCGCCUGCAAUCUAAACCUCGAGUACAAAAUAAUUUAACAACCUCUUCUUCGUCAUCAUCAUCAGCAUCGGUACCAGCAUCUGGUAAUACCGAUUUGCUAUACGAUGAAACUCAAGAAAAACUAUCCUCGUCAUCCUCAUCGACAGCUACCAAUAAUUCAGAGCACACAGAAAUUGUUUUUAAAACAAAAAGUGCUACCGAGAUGAAACGCAUUUUCAAUUUAUUACAAGAAAAGUGUAAUAUGAAUAAUAGCGAUACUGAUCUCAAAGAAAAACAACUAGCUGAACCGCAAAAAACUGCAGCUGCAACAACAAUGCCAACAAUAACGUACUGUGAUGAUAAUGUCGUACAACAACAAACACAGCAACAACAACAAGAGUAUUCACCUCAGAGUUCAACGUCACGUGGUGGUGAUAUCGAAAUCGAAUCGAUAUCUCCCGUCAUGAAAUCCAGAAAAUCCCAACACAAGAACCUUCCCGACAAGGAUCUUGGAUCGCCAAAGGCGAAAAAUUGGAAAGAUUUACUCUUUCGACGGAACCAUGGCACUAGUGCUGAUAUAUCACCAUCAACACUGGCGUCGAGUUCCAAAACAACUGGUUCUAUUGGGGUGCCUCUAAGAACGUGUCCAAUGUCCAAAAACAACGAAUACGUUCCACUAAUCGUAGAUGUCUGCACAAACAUUGUCGAGACCAAGGGUCUAAGUGUUAUCGGCAUUUACAGAAUACCCGGCAACAAAGCUGCCAUUUCCGAACUAAAAGAUCAAGUAAAUAAAACUGAUUUCUGCUGGGAUCGUUGCAACACCGAUGUCAGGUGGGAAGAUGUUAAUGUUGUAUCGAGUCUAUUAAAGUUAUUCAUACGAAGUCUGCCCGAUGCAUUGCUGCCAAGUAAUUUUUACAACCAUUUCAUCGAAGCCGAUAAGAAAAUCGGUUUAUUGCGACUACGUGAACUAAAAGAUUUACUGCGUUCACUACCACGUAAUUCCUACGAAACAAUGAAGCAUUUGAUUAGGCAUUUAAGUCGUGUGAGUAAGAAUUGUCACAUUAAUCUAAUGGAGCCGAAAAAUUUGGCCAUUAUCUUUGGUCCAUCGAUUAUACGAACGCCCAAUGAGACACUCGAAAUCGCAGUCAAAGAUAUGAAACAUCAAUGCAGAAUUGUUGAGCUUUUGCUAACGCAGUAUGACUACUUUUUUGAGGACGGUGAACUGCCCGAAAUCGAAGCCAAUGUAGCCAGUAUAACAUCCUCAUCAACAUCAUCCUCCCAUCAGGAUCAGACCAGCCUCCUGCUGGAUAAUGUUUCAAAAAUUGAACGCCUCAACGAUCGAGAGUCCCUUACUUCUCGGCUAAUUCCACAUUUGCGUCGGCGAACACAUUCGAAACGAAGUGCUGUCAGCUCGGACACGUAUUCGGGAGAAAGUGUUUUGUCUCUGGAAUAUGGCAAUAAGAAGACAUCAGAUUCUCCACCUGCUGCCAGUACACCCACCUCAAAGGAACACCAGUCCUUUGAGAAUGCCAGUAAAGAGCGUAGUGUUGUGGAUAAUGUUUCCAUACUGACAGAUGAGGAGUCAAGUAACAGUCGGAUAAGUGAUAGUGGUUCAAUGUCAUUGACAACAAUCACAGAUACAUUAGAUUCAAAACUACGUAAUCUACGCAGUGGUUCAGAGUCCAAUGAUGAAAACAAUGGCAGUCCGAAUCGCCAACAACGCGGUGAUAAUUUUGCCCGACGGCACACAUUCGGCCAGCCACUGAUUCUACACGAGAACAUUCCCUAUGCCGAUGAGUCGCCCGAACGGCAUCAUCACAACGAAAUGACAAAUUUUAAGACUUUUGCCUCGCGAAAUAGCGCCAUUGUGCGUGAUUUUCCUAAAAACAUUCGAUUUUCUUCUGUAUACGAAGCAGCAUGUUCGGAUGACUCUGAAGGUUCCACCACAAGUGAUCCGAAAGAGGCUUUAAUUAUAUCGUCGCCGUCGUUUUUUCUCGAGCGCUACAAGAAACGACGUGAUCACCGGCUCUUUCGUUCUGCCUCCUUCAAUUGCCGAAAUUACUCCAAUCGUAGUGCUGCAGGGGGAGGAGGAGGAGGUGGAGGAGUCGGUGGUGGCGGCGGUGGAGGAGGAGGAGGCACCGUAGGUUGCAAUAAUUCCGCAUUAACUAAAGAUGAAAAGACUGAUAUGAAUUUGACGAAGAAGCGACAAAUCCAGAAUAAACAAAAUCGCUCCAUAAAGCGACGGCAUACGGUGGGUGGGCCGCACGACUAUACCGCAACUACAGUGGUAAGACGUGCUGCCGCUACCCCAUCGCAGCUAGCUUCUGGUGCUGUUGUUGUGCCUUCAAAUGGCAGUGGCAAUAAUAAUGUUGCCGAUCAUGUUUUAGAAGUAGGAAUUCGAAUAAAGAAUGUAAAUAGAAGAUACUGAUACUGAUUUUUAGGGCCAAGCACACCGCAUAAUGCAGCUUAUUUAUAUUAUACAAUUUUUUUUCUAAUUAUAAAAUUCAUAAAA